UAUGCUGGGUCAGAUCUGAAAACUGCUUGGAUUAUUCAUGGAUACAGACCAACAGGUUCCACCCCUACAUGGCUUCAGAAGUUUCAAAGCACUCUGUUGAUGGAAGAAGACAUGAAUGUAAUUGUAGUAGAUUGGAGCCAGGGUGCUACAACUUUUAUUUACAAUCGAGCAGUUAAAAACACCAGAGUGGUUGCUGACAUCUUGAGUAAGUCCAUUAUAAAUCUUGUGAGUCAUGGAGCAUCUCUCGACAGUUUUCAUUUUAUAGGCAUGAGUUUAGGUGCUCAUGUGAGUGGCUUUGUUGGAAAAAAAUUUAGUGGCCAAAUAGGAAGAAUAACAGGUCUUGACCCUGCUGGGCCAAAAUUUUCUGGAACACCACCAAAUAGCAGACUAGAUUAUACUGAUGCAAAGUUUGUGGAUAUCAUUCAUUCUGAUGCUGAAGGUUUAGGUAUUCAAGAACCAUUGGGACACAUAGAUUUUUAUCCAAAUGGAGGAAAAACACAACCUGGAUGUCCUAAAACAGUUUUUUCUGGAACAGAAUAUUUUAAGUGUGAGCACCAAAGGGCCAUUCACUUGUACUUGGCAGCUUUGCAAACAAACUGCAAUUUCAUUUCAUUCCCUUGUGGUUCUUACAAAAAUUACAAGAAGAGUUUAUGUGUGAACUGUGGAACAUUUCAGAAAACCUCAUGUCCUAUGCUAGGUUACAAAGCUAAGCUAUGGAAGGAAAGUUUACAGAGCAUAAUAAAAGGAUGGCCUCGUCGAACCAUUGCAUUUUUGGACACUACUGACAAAUAUCCAUUCUGUGCCUAUUAUUUUGUUCUCAGCAUAAUUCCUGUGGAUGCAGCUAUGAAUAGUGGCUCUAUUACACUUAAGAUGCUGAGCCAGCAUGGAGUGUAUGAAACUGCAAACAUCUAUGAGAAGAACAAACCAUUUGCUAAAUUUCAAGAAGUUAAGAUCCUUGUUACAUUUUUAAGUGAUAUGGCAAUCAUUUCAAGCAUUCGUUUGACGUAUUUCCAGAAUGCACCUCCCUACUGCCCCAAAUGUCGAUACAGAAUCUACAGGCUCACGUUAAAAUCACUUACAUACCCAGAAAGACCGCCGUUUUGUAGACAUAAUAUUGUACUCAGAGAGAAGCAGGAGGUAAUUCUCCCACCAGAAUCAUGCACAGAAAAUGAUACUUAAAUACUUUCUUCCA